CCCUUUCCCUCCCCCUAACAUUCCCUUCCCUCCCAUUCCCGCCCCUCAGGGCAUUUUUUCCAGUCCUUUUCCCAUUCUACCCGCCCCUUUUUCCAAGCCUUUUCCCAAUUUUUCCCCGCCCCUUUUCCCGCCCUUUUCGCCCCCUCACGGUAGGGGCGGCGUUUCCCGCCCUCGCUGCCGGGAUAUCCCUGCGCGGGCGGGGCGCUCCGCCGCUGCCGGGCCGCAGUGCCCCGCAGGCCCCGUGUCCCUCCGCCCGCCAUGGCGGCGGCGGCGGGCCCGGCGCGGCUGGUGCGCUGCGGGCAGAAGGACGAGCUGUACCGGGCCGGGCUGCGCAGCGGGGCCGGCACGGCGCUGCGGGGGCUGGCGGGUGCCCGGCCGUGGCUGGCGUGGAGAAGGGAGGUGGAGCUGCUCUCCGAUGUGGCCUAUUUCGUGCUCACCACGCUGUCAGGUUAUCAGACUCUGGGAGAAGAGUAUGUGAACAUCAUUCAGGUUGACCCAAGUAAGAAAAAGGUGCCUUCUUUCCUUCGUCGGGCCCUCUUCAUUUCCCUGCACACCGUGGUACCCUACUGCCUGGAAAAGGCACUGCUGCACCUGGAACACGAGCUGCAGAUGGAGGCUGAGGAAUCCAGGGCCCCCCCAGCACUGGGCUUUCCCAGCAGGAGCUCCAUUCGCAGCUGGAUUCGGAAGCAGGUUGGGGAGCUCACGGAGCAGCAGAAGAAAACAGCUUCCCAAGUCGUGUAUGUCCUUAAACAAUCCAUCCCUCUGCUGCACCGGCUCCACCUGGCAGUGUUCUACAUCCAGGGCACAUUCUACCACCUCUCCAAAAGGAUCACAGGGAUCUCAUAUGUUCAUUUUGGAGGACUGCAAGGAGAAGAUCAGAGUAUCCGAUCAAGUUACAAGUUUCUUGGAAUAAUUUCACUCUUCCACCUUCUGCUGACCAUUGGAGUUCAGAUGUACAGCUUCAAACAGAAGCAGAGAGCAAGGCAGGAGUGGAGGCUGCACCGCAGCCUCGCUCACCAGAAGAGCAGGAGCAAGGAGGCGGCGGCCGGGCGCCAGUCGCGCUGCACGCUGUGCCUGGAGGAGCGGCGGCACAGCACAGCCACCCCCUGCGGGCACCUGUUCUGCUGGGAGUGCAUCACUGCCUGGUGCAGCACCAGGGCAGAAUGUCCACUGUGCAGAGAGAAGUUUCAUCCUCAGAAACUAAUCUACCUACGGCACUACCAAAUGUAAAGGGAACCUCUUCUAUCUCCUCAUACUUGUCCUACAGCUUGGGUUGGUCCAAGAAAAGGCUUUAUUAAACUGGAAAUUGCCUGUGCAAGGUGGCACUACAUUCCUGUGUGACAGAAUAAAGCUAUUUCUGCUUCUACCCUUCUGUUUCUUCUGAUGUAGCUCUUGAUCAUACCUAAAAAUAGGGUUCUAAAACAUGCUUAACUCAAGUUUAAUAAUUUUCUUAAUUUUGGACAAUGGAAAACGCAUGCAAACCAACAAAAAGCCACAGAUCAAAGUGAGCUAGAACUACCUGUCACUUCCCCAGGAUUACUGAAUUCCAGAAAGCCUUAAUUUGACAAGAUCAGAGGAAAAGGUGCCUACAUACAUUUUCCAAUUAGUUGUCUGUUGAAUCUGCUGAAUUCCAUUCAGAAUCUUCCAAGAGCUAAUCUUUUCCUACCUUCUGCAAGCAAAUGCUCCCUGAAGAGUUGAAAAAGGCACUGCAUGAAGUUAAACUGAGGGCAGCCAUUAUUGAAAAUGAGUCAUAAAUAGUGUUAGAUCAAGAGAUGUAUAUAAAGAUAGAGAACAAGUAAAGGGGAACACUGUCUUUUAAUAAAUUUUGGAAUUAAAAAGUCACUUAAUAAAACUGCAGUUGUAUCACAUGAAAAA